AUGUCUGGUGACGGACAUCCGUAUGCACCUGAAAAUUGGCCAGAACAGGGCGAUGUUUGGGGGUGGAGAACUGGAAGGAGGAUUGUCCCGAACGGCACGCACUUUCAGAACCGGUAUCUAUAUUUGCCAUAUCGCCUCCGCAUGUUGAUGGAGGAGAAGGAGAACAAAGGGUCAGGUUCAAGCACAUCCCGCAAACAACACGUCUUUGCAAGCAAGCUUGCCGUUAAACGCUACGUCAAGAGAUAUUUCCCAGACGCUGAUCUUAAUGCCUUUUUUGCUUCUUUCUCCUGGAAUAUUCCCGCUCAUCCAUCUUUAUCAGCGCCAAUAGCUGCCAUACCUCUUCGACAAAUAGCACCACAAGCACAACAAGCAGAAGAAGCAUGUAACUCCGAUAGUGGAGACGAUGUCAAGUGUAAAGCAAAUAAUAGGAAGUGCCCUACUAUAGUACUAGAGGAAGAGGAAGUACAGAAGUAUUCACCAGUCAUGCCUUGUCCAUAUGGUGGCUUUAGCUAUUUCAAGUGUCCAGUGAAUGCUAACGGCGGAAUUUGUGGCCACGUUGCUCAUAUGGAAUGCGCUCUCGAAUGUUUUGUGGCUGGUAAAGUUAGAAGUUUGGGGCUGGAUGCCGAAUAUUAUUGUCGACGCUGUGAUGGGAGAAGUGAUAUGAUAUCUCAUGUUUACAAUCUCAUUCAAACAUGCAAGACUAUUGAUUUGGAUUAUGAAAUUAAGAAGAUUUUGUAUAUCGGUGCUAGUCUCAUUCGCGGUUCAGAGAGACCUCUUGCAAAUAAGCUACUGCGGUCUAUUGAUUUAGCAGUCUCAAAGGCUAAUGACCAAUUUGAUGAUUUACUUCAGCUUAUAUCUGGAACUAAUCCUGCAGACAUCUGGAAGAUACUGAAAAUUUUGGUCCAUGAACAAAAUACAUUGGUUAGCCAAAUGUCAUCUGCUGCCUCAGAGGUCUUAUAUAGUGCUAUAAUAGAAAGAAAGAAACAGAUAAGACGGGAGCUGGAAAUAUUUGACACCAUGAAGAAGGUGGCCAUUGAUGAUAAUGUCAAUGUGAUGCAAGAUACAGUUAGUGAUGAUCAUUUUGAAGUUAAGACCGGAGCACAAGAGCUUGAAUAUAAGAUGGUUGAGGAAGCACUCGAGGCAAAAAAAAAAACGAUCUGUCAGUGUUUUCUAGCUAAAAAAUCUGAAAUGAUCAAAGAUGUCAAGGAAGUGAGUUCUUUUCAUGAUGCCCAUUUCUGCAAGGUUUUCUUGGGUUUUGCCUAUUUGAUUGAUAAAACCCCAUUAAUGUAUCUAAAACUUGCGGAUGGCUGUGUUCACGAAAGACUCGAGAUUGGUGGUGAUUUUGUUCCUGGUGUCUUGGAAGUCAAUCUUAUUGAUAAAGUCGUCAAAUUUUCCAGUGCGUAUGGAUACCCUCCAUACACUUCCAGUGGCACUGGCACAGUAAAUCAGGAAUACCUCUACACUGCAUCUCAAUAUGCUCACUGGAUUACCAAGCUUCUUAGAUAUGAACUUUGA